CCCCUAAAGAACUACGAAAACCUGCAUGCUCUCGGGGAUCACCGAAAACACUUCCCCACACUGCACGUUCAGGGAAGCAGCUGGGGUUCCCCCGAGCUGUAAGCAGCUGCAGGCGCCUGCUUUCAGAGGGAAGACUGACGCGGCGGACCUGCCGGAAGUGGCUGUGGCGGACCUUGCGCCAAGGUCCAUGGCGGGAGCCUGGCGGCGGCCCCGUGAACCUAAGACUCGGCGGCUCGGAGCUGGUCGCGCACUCCUCACCUUCAGGGUUCGCGUUCGGCUUGCGCAGAACUGAAGAGCUCGUGACGGAGCUUUGAGGAGGAGAAAAUGUUCCGGGUGAACCCAGGCCGUCCCGGAAAUGCAAUGGUCGUGGAGCGGGCGCCGGAGACCAGACUGAGGUUGAGUUUCACACCAAUCUAGAUUCUUCUUGAUGUAAAGGAGUCUGGAUGUCAGCAGUGAAAAUGGCAUACUCCAGAUUAACACUCUGUCAGCCAAAGGCAUGACAGUUCAGGAACACGUGGACUUGAUGCACACAGAAAUGUGUACACAGAAAAAGAGAAUCUCUAAUUCUUCGAAAGAAAGAAGGCACCCAAAAUGGGCACAUUCUGCUCAGUAAUCAGGUUUGAAAAUCUUCAAGAAUUAAAGAGACUGUGUCACUGGGGCCCCAUUAUAGCCCUUGGUGUGAUAGCAAUAUGUUCCACGAUGGCCAUGAUCGACUCCGUCCUGUGGUAUUGGCCUUUACACACAACUGGAGGAAGUGUGAACUUUAUCAUGUUGAUAAACUGGACUGUCAUGAUUCUUUACAAUUACUUCAAUGCCAUGUUUGCUGGUCCUGGCUUUGUCCCUCGGGGGUGGAAACCGGAAAAUCCUCAGGAUAGCAUGUAUCUCCAGUACUGUAAAGUCUGCCAAGCAUACAAAGCACCACGCUCACACCAUUGCAGGAAGUGUAACAGAUGUAUAAUGAAGAUGGACCACCACUGUCCCUGGAUCAACAACUGCUGUGGUCACCAGAACCACGCUUCGUUCACAAUGUUCCUCCUGCUGGCGCCCCUGGGCUGCAUCCAUGCUGCUUUUAUUUUUGUGAUGACUAUGUAUACACAGCUUUAUAAUCGGCUCUCCUUUGGGUGGAACACAGUCAAGAUUGACAUGAGUGCGGCCCGGAGAGACCCUCUUCCAAUUGUUCCCUUCGGUUUGGCUGCAUUUGCUGCCACCUUGUUUGCCUUGGGAUUAGCAUUGGGGACAACCAUAGCUGUUGGGAUGCUGUUUUUCAUACAGAUAAAAAUUAUUCUCAGAAACAAAACUUCUAUUGAAUCAUGGAUUGAAGAGAAGGCUAAAGAUCGAAUUCAGUAUUACCAACUGGAUGAAGUCUUUGUUUUUCCUUAUGAUAUGGGAAGUAAAUGGACGAACUUUAAGCAGGUAUUUACGUGGUCAGGAGUCCCUGAAGGAGAUGGACUGGAGUGGCCAGUGAGAGAAGGCUGUGACCAGUAUAGCCUAACAAGAGAACAGCUGAAACAAAAAGCAGACAAAAGAGUCAGAAGUGUUCGCUAUAAAGUCAUAGAAGAUUAUAAUGGUGCCUGUUGUCCUUUGAACAGAGGAAUUAAAACCUUCUUCACAAGCCCCUGCACAGAGGAGCCUCGGAUACAGCUACAGAAAGGGGAGCUCAUUUUAGCAACAAGAGGGUUGCGGUACUGGUUGUAUGGAGACAAAAUUCUCGAUGAUUCCUUCAUAGAAGGUAUGGAAGUGGAAGGAUAUGUUUAAAGUAUGUGACUAUUCGCAACAGCUCCAAAUUCUGUUCUUCGAGGAUAAGAGGGUGGUUCCCUAGAAACUGUGUGGAGAAGUGUCCCUGUGAUGGCGAAUCCGACCCAGCGGGGGGGAGCGAGAAGAAGAACAGAUAGCCUCUGCGAGAGUGCUGUCGUUCCGUCUCCUUACUUGAAAUUCACACAUAUUACAAAGAGUUACGCAGCGAGUCUACUCUGCUUAAGGUAUUCUUUUCCUCAAAGAUGCUCUAGUGCCAUGAUUUAAGUAUUUUUAUUACCAUUUUGAAACAGAAGCCAUUCUGCAUAUGCCUUCGAGUUCCUGCCGUCUUGCCACGUCUCCCUACCAAAGGAAAGUCGUUCAAGCCAAGUGAGCAAACUGCACUUUCUGUAGGAUUUCUUUGUGCUGUACCCGACUUCACCUGCAGAUCUAGUUCCCCUUGGCCAGGAGCAUCUGCAUGUGGUUAUUCUGUUUCUUCCUUGGUGACAUUUCUUUCAUAAUCUAGAGACUAUAAAACUUCAAUAUGAACUCAAAUUUUGUUACUUUUAAUAAUGCAGAUUUUGUCAAAUCCAAUAAAAGUCAAUGGGUGUUCUGUAAAAAUUAUAGUUUUCACUCAAAAACA